CCAGGGAGGCAGGGCUCAUCCGGCAGGUCACCAUGGCAGCCCCUCCUCCUGCCCCUUACUCAUUAGCCAGGCUGUACUGACAUGGGCUGCCCCGGCAGGGGGCGGCUCGAUGGACAUAGCUGGCUGUGCGGGCACUCAGGCGUGCAGGGUGGCCAGUGCCCUGGCCAGGAAUGGACAGCCUCCAAGACACGCUGCCCCCGAGCCCUGGGGGCUGCUGCCCUGCCUUCAGCAGGCUGGUUCCCAGAGGCUUUGGGGCUGAGGCGUGGACUCUCUUUGCUCUUUCCGGACCCCUGUUCCUGUUCCAGAUGCUGACUUUUAUGAACUACAUAGUGAGUACUGUGUUCUGUGGGCACCUGGGCAAGGCGGAGCUGGCGUCGGUGACCCUCGCGGUGGCUUUUAUCAAUGUCUGCGGAGUUUCCGUAGGAGUUGGUUUGUCUUCCGCGUGUGACACCUUGAUGUCUCAGAGCUUCGGCAGCCCCAACAAGAAGCACGUGGGCGUGAUCCUGCAGCGGGGCACGCUGGUCCUGCUCCUCUGCUGCCUCCCCUGCUGGGCGCUCUUCCUCAACACCCAGCACAUCCUGCUGCUCUUCAGGCAGGACCCAGAAGUGUCCAGGUUGACCCAGGACUACGUAAUGAUUUUCAUCCCAGGACUUCCGGUGAUUUUUCUUUACAAUCUGCUGGCAAAAUAUUUGCAAAAUCAGAAGAUCACGUGGCCCCAAGUCCUCAGUGGUGUGGUUGGCAACUGUGUCAACGGAAUGGGCAACUACGCCCUGGUCUCUGCGCUGGACCUGGGGAUCAGAGGCUCUGCCUAUGCCAACAUCAUCUCCCAGUUCGCGCAGACCAUCUUCCUCCUUCUCUACAUCAUGCUGAAGAAGCUGCACCUGGAGACGUGGGCAGGUUGGUCCAGCCAGUGCCUGCAGGACUGGGGCCCCUUUUUCUCCCUGGCUGUCCCCAGCAUGCUCAUGGUCUGCAUCGAGUGGUGGGCCUACGAGGUCGGGAGCUUCCUCAUGGGCCUGCUCAGCGUGGAGGAUCUCUCCGCCCAGGCUGUCAUCUACGAGGUGGCCACCGUGACCUACAUGAUUCCAUUGGGGCUCAGCAUCGGGGUGUGUGUCCGAGUGGGGAUGGCUCUGGGGGCUGCGGACACCGUGCAGGCCAAACGCUCAGCUGUGUCAGGUGUGCUUCUCAUAGUGGGCAUUUCCAUGGUCCUGGGCACCCUGAUAAGCAUCCUGAAAAAUCAGCUGGGGCACAUUUUUACCAAUGAUGAAGAUGUCAUCGCCCUGGUGGGCCAGGUCUUGCCAGUUUAUAGCGUCUUUCACGUGUUUGAGGCCGUCUGUUGUGUCUACGGCGGAGUCCUGAGAGGAACUGGGAAGCAGGCCUUUGGUGCCGCUGUGAAUGCCAUCACGUAUUAUGUCAUCGGCCUACCACUGGGCAUCCUUCUGACCUUUGUGGUCAGAAUGAGAAUCAUGGGCCUCUGGCUGAGCAUGCUGGCCUCUGUCUCCCUGGCAACUGCUGCCUUUGUUGUGUAUACUGCCCGGCUGGACUGGAAGCUUGCUGCGGAGGAAGCCAAGAAACACUCAGGUCAGCAGCAGCAGCAGCAGAGAACAGACAGCACUGCAACCAGACCUGGGCCUGAGAAAGCAGUCCUGUCUUCAGUGGCUACUGGGAGUUCCCCUGGCAUUACCCUGACAACGUAUUCAAGGUCUGAGUGCUAUGUGGGCCUCUUCAGGACUUCAGAGGAGGCCCAUACCCUUUCAGCUCCUACCAGCAGACUGUCAGUGAAACAGCUGGUCAUCCGCCGUGGGGCUGCUCUGGGGGCGGCGUCAGCCACACUGAUAGUGGGGCUCGCAGUCAGGAUCCUGACCACCAAGCACUAACAAAGAAGGUCAGAAACAGAAAGCCAGGAGUGGCCAUUCCCAGUACCCAAACACACCAUGGUCUGCCCUGCAGAAGUGCCAAUGGGGUCCAGGGCAGGUGGACACUUUGAACCACUCCUCAGAAAAAGAACUUUGGCUGAUUCCUUGUAGUGACAUUCAGAGGGGUCUGAACAGAGCAGACUGGCCAUUCUGUUCCGGUCAAACAGGACUUUUCUCUGACCUGGAUUGCUCUAUAGAAGACAUUAGCCAAAUGCAUGAAUCAGAGUCCAGGGAUUGCCACUAGUAUUAAUAAUGUAAAUGGCUUCAAAUGAGAGACUGCAAAUAAAAUCACAAAACUACUAUUAUAUUAAAGAUUACACAUUUCCUAGGCACAGCCUGCCACUCAAGUCUGUCAUAAAGCCUCUGUGAAGCCCUGAGAAGGGGGCCAGCGGGCCCUGUCCAGGCAAACCCUGUGCGCCCCCCGCAGACACAGGUGCUGUGAGACCCUGACCAGGGCGGGUGGCUGUCCAUACACCCUUCUUCCCCUUUUCUCCAGUUCUUUUAUUCCAUCACCAUUUUCACUUAUUAAAGACUUUAAGAAAUGCU